AUUUCAGAAUUUUAAGAGGGGAGAAAUUUCAGAAUUUAUAAGCAACAAGAAAGUGCCAUUGAAGAGGUGCAAUUCAAAAAAUAAUUUUUAUCCAUUCACACCUUAAAACCCCAAUAGCAGAAUCCCCAGAAGUUUUCCAAAGUUGAAGUUAGGUCAAAUUAUUUAUUGUUAGUACGACAUAAAAACUGGUUUUAGGCGCUCUGGUUUUGUGGAAGGUCCUUACCAGGUAAGAGUAAACAUGUUACACAUUGGCAGCAGAAGCAAAACCAUAUCCCUCUCCGAUUACAAAGUCACAAAUGGAUACGGAUUUCACUACAGGCCGUCCAUAGUAAGAUGCAACUGCAACCCUGCUUCUUCGGUAGGGGCCCAAGAGGUAAAGGAGAGAAUAAGAAAAACGUUUGGGAAAAUAGAGAUAUCUCCAUCUUGCUAUGACACUGCUUGGGUAGCCAUGGUCCCUUCAAGAGAUGAGCCAAAGCAGCCAUGUUUUGCACAGUGCUUGGAUUGGAUCCUUGAAAAUCAGAGAGAAGAUGGAUCUUGGGGUUUGAGUCCUACUCACUCAUUGCUUGUGAAAGACUCCCUUUCUUCUACUCUGGCUUCUUUGCUUGCUCUCUCCAAAUGGAGUGUCGGACACAAGUUAGUCCAAAGAGGACUCGAUUAUAUAGGAAGACAGAGUUGGUCAAUUGAUAAUAAGGGUCAAAUUUCAGCGGCAGGAUUCGAUAUUAUAUUUCCUAGCAUGAUCAAGUAUGCAGGGGAACUGAACUUGAAUGUGCCUUUGGACCAAAGCCUCGUAAAUGUCUUGUUCCAGAAACGAGAUUCAGCAAUGGAAAGGAUGUUACAGAAUGAUCUCAAGGAGUGUAAAACCAAGCUUGCAUAUUAUUAUGCUGAAGGCCUUGGCGAAUUAUGUCAAUGGGAAGAAUUGAUGACUUAUCAAAAGAAGAACGGAUCACUUUUCAACUCACCAGCCACUACUGCAGCUGCUUUGAUUUUCCAUUGCCAUGAUGAGAAGUGCCUUGGAUACAUAAAUUCAAUCCUGAAACAUCACAAAAAUUGGGUUCCUACUAUAUAUCCUACGACAAUACCUACACGUCUGCAAAUGGUCGAUACCCUGCAAAAGCUGGGGGUAGACCGACAUUUCGAAGCAGAAAUCAAAACUGUUCUAGAUGAAACAUACAGACUUUGGGAGCAAAAGGACGAAGAAGUUUCUUCAGAUGUUGCUUAUUGUGCCAUGGCGUUUCGACUAUUACGGAUGUGCAACUACAAAGUUUCCUCUGAAGAAUUAGCACGAUUCAAAGGUCAAGAACAUAUCAUCAAUUCAUUGAAUGCACAAUGUACAAGUCGUGAUGAUGCAAUUCUUGAGCUACACCAAGCUUCACAGUUAGCCUUUGAUGAGAAAGAUAACAUUUUGGAUGAAAUAAGUACUUGGACAGAAGCUUUACUGCAGCAGGAGUUAUUAGAGGAGAAUAAUCUUGAUAGGAUGUCACAAAACGAGGUGCAACACGCUUUGAGGAAUUUCAGUGCAACCCUUGAACGAGCCGAAAAUAGACGAUACAUCGAGUCAUAUGAUGUAAAUAUGUUCAAAUUUUCAAAAACAGCUUACAGGUCCCCCAACAUAUACAACAUGAAUUUCUUACUAUUCUCUAUGCAUGAUUUUAAUUUUUGCCAAACAGUACACCAGCAAGAUAUUCAAGAACUCAAGAGGUGGUAUGACGAUUGCAAACUAGACCAAUUAGGAAUUUCACAAAAAUAUAUAUACACUUCAUAUAUGCCAAUGUCUUCAUUGCUCUUCGGGCCUGAAUUCUCGGAUGCUCGUUCCGUGUUUGCAAAAUAUGUUUUGCUCACAACUGCAUUGGAUGAUUUUUUUGACGAAUUGGCUUCCCAAGAGGAGUUGCUCAACCUAAUCGAAUUAGUAAAAGGGUGGAAUCGGUAUUCAACCAUAGGCUACGUUUCAGAGAGAGUUGAAAUUUUAUUUUUAGCAAUAUACAACACCUUUAAUGAAUUUGCAGCCAUGGCAGAAAUUAUGCAAGGUCGAUGUGUUAAAGAUCAAAUAUUUGACUUGUUUCUUGAUGUUCUGAAUUGCAUGAUGAGAGAAGUAGAAUGGUGGAGAGAAGAGAAGACACCAAGUGUAGAAGAAUAUUUGUCAAUUGCCUGUGUUACUAUAGCUGUCAAAGCUAUUCUUUUUACAACACAAUAUAUUCUCGCGCCAAAACUUUCGGAGGAAGUUAUAAAAAGUGCUGAACUUGGUGAAAUAUGCAAAUGUACGACUAUAGUGUGUAGACUCCUUAAUGACACUCAAACUUACAAGAAAGAAAAAGAAGAGAGGUCAAGUAACAUAGUCAACAUACUCGUAACACAAAGUGAAGGAACGGUUUCGGAAGAAGAGGCAGUAGAAGAGGUAAAAGAAAUGCUGGAGAAGAACAGAAGAAAAUUGCUGAGAAUGGUGCUUCAUAAGAAAGAAAGCAGUCAGUUGCCGCAAGUAUGCAAAGAUCUGUUUUGGAACACGAGCAAAGUAGCUCAUAUUCUAUACUCAAACGGCAAUGAGUUUCGCUCUCCAGAGGGACUCAAGAGUAAUAUAAACACAUUAUUUUACAAACCAGUCGACCUAUCCCCAACACAAGCCUAGAGUCUCGCCAAAUAGCCAGUGCUGAAACCCCAAGCAGAUUUUAAUGAGUUUUGUUGUUCUUAAACUGAAUGUUAGCUUAUCCUGAUGCUAUAUAUCUCUAUGACCAAUUGUGUUCAUUGAUCACAGAGCAUUUGGAAAAUUUCCUUUUGUCUUCUAUACUUCAACUUAUUGUUAGUUAUGUUGUAAAAUGUAGUGAGACCUUCAGUUAGAUUGUUGAAAUAAUUAGAGUUAUAUUUGGAAUGUUUUCAAAGUUUGAUUUGCCAUUUGUUAGUCAA